AUGGCGACUACGAAGGUUGAAGGCACUACAGACGCUGAAGAAAAGCCAAAGGAGUUUGUUAGACCCCCAUUUGAUCCCGUCGGGGAUAUCAAAAAGGGAAUAACUCAUAUGCUCUUCAAUCCGGAUGCUACCUUAAUUCUACUUCCCAUUUUACUUUUAGGAGAAUCAAUGGCUCUGAAGUUUAUAACAAAACAGAUACCUUACACCGAAAUUGACUAUGAGGCUUAUAUGGAGCAAAUAGACAUGAUUGUCAAGGACAAAAAUCUGAAUUAUGCGGAAAUCAGAGGUGGAACAGGUCCUUUGGUGUACCCUGCCGGCCAUGUGUGGAUUUACCGAUUUAUGUACUGGGUUACAAACGGUAUGGAAGAUUUAGCAAUGGGCCAGCAAUUUUUCAGGUACUUGUACAUUGGAACUCUUUUUUUCCAGUUGCUUACGUAUUACGAACUUCAGAUACAGCCAUGGUGCGUUGUUCUUGCUUGCCUUUCCAAACGCUUGCAUUCAAUCUUUAUAUUGAGAUUGUUUAACGACUGCUUCGAGACAUUUUUCAUGGUAUCCAGUAUAUACUUCUUUGUCAAGGCAUGCAAGUCCAAAAGGCGUACCCCAUGGGUGACUCUAGCGAGUGUCGCUUAUACGUUUGCUGUAAGUGUGAAGAUGAACGGUCUCUUAUUUCUACCUGGUGUGCUAGUUGCGAUAUAUCUGUUGACUGACGGUAAUUUGAUCACUAGCAUGACCUAUGUUUUAGGGAUGGCUGCCUGGCAAAUCGUCGUUGCGACCCCAUUCUUGUUGCACUUUCCUCGAGAGUACAUUUCAGGUGCCUUCAAUUUUGAAAGGCAAUUUUUCCACCAUUGGUCUAUCAACUGGCAGUUUAUCUCCGAGGAUGUAUUCCUUGGUCAACUGUUUCAGAGAGGUUUGUUGAUCACCCAUAUUGUACUGCUUGUCAUUCUGAUUUUGUUUAAGCACGUGGAGAUCAUCCCGGAUGGUAUCAAAUCCUUGGUACAGCCUCGAACCUCGGUGCACAAACUCUCAUCCACCGAGUUAGUGAACACUGUUCCCUUCAUUCUCAUCAUGAGCAAUUUUAUAGGCAUCAUUUGCGCCCGGUCAUUGCACUACCAAUUCCUGUCAUGGUACCACUGGACGAUCCCUAUCUUGAUCCAUUGGUCCAAACUACCAUUUUUCAUUGGCCCCAUCUGGUAUGUCUGCCACGAGUGGUGCUGGAACUCGUACCCACCAAACGACACAGCCAGCGUCCUGCUCUUUUUCUGCAACACCUCUCUCCUGAGUAUAAUUUUGCUAGUGGAGAACUUCAAAUUUUACCUAGAUACGGCCCUGGAAGAGAAGAAAAUGCAGUGA